CGGAGCGCGGAGAGGGGGAGGGGAGGAAGCCGCCGGGCCUCUGGCUCCUUCCUCUUCCUCCGCGGGGAGGCAGGGCUGCCGGCCGGCCGGGCCGGGACACGGGCCAUGUUCGACACAGGCAGCCCCUCCCCCCGGAGCAGCCCCAGCAGCUCUCCGUCCCUGCGGAAGCGCCUACUGCUGCCCCCCCGGACCUCCCCAGAGCUCCCUGCAGAUGCCAUGGUGGAAAAGAGCACAGAGAGUGUCCCAGAGCGGGGCCCCUUGUCUGCCCCCCUCAACUACCCACUGAGUGCCAGGAGUUUCAUCCGCAACAACAAGAAAGCGCAAAGCUGGUACAGCAUGCUGAGCCCCACGUACAAACAGCGCAAUGAGGAUUUCCGCAGGAUCUUCAAGGGGCUGCCGGAGAGCGAGCGGCUGCUUGUGGAUUACUCCUGUGCACUGCAGCGCGACAUCCUGCUCCAGGGGCGGCUCUACCUGUCCGAGAACUGGCUCUGCUUCUACAGCAACAUCUUCCGCUGGGAGACAGCAAUCUCUGUCCCGCUGCGGGAGGUGAAAUGCCUGAAGAAGGAGAAGAUGGCCAAGCUGAUUCCCAAUGCCAUCCAGGUCUGCACUGCGGCCGACAAGCAUUUCUUCACCUCAUUUGGAGCCCGUGAUCGCUGCUUCAUGCUGAUCUUCCGUCUGUGGCAGAACGCGCUGCUGGAGAAGACGCUGUCUCCCCGGGAGCUCUGGCAUAUUGUUCACCAGGGCUACGGCGCUGAGCUCGGCCUCACCAGUGAGGACGAUGACUACGUCUGUCCUGUUUCCACUGACGAGCUCAAUGGCCUGGGGCCAGCCAGGGAGCUCAGUGACAUUAUGGAGCUGAGAGACCUGGCCUUGCCCUGCGCUGCUGACCUCAAGCUGGAGCCCAGCCCCACGUUGGCCAGGACAGCCGCUAGUCAGAGCUUCCACUCACUGGCUAGCAGCAACGAUGGGGCCGCCUCGCUGGCAGAGGACCCCGAGGAGAAUGUGGACAGCCAGGCGGAUACUGCCUCCAACUGCACAGUGACACCGGGGCUGGAGCCCCCGAAGGCUGCGGUGCUGGGGGGGGCCCCGCUGCCUGCCCUGGGGGACCUGCUACCCCAUGAGGACCUCCCCACUGACACCAGCAACUCCUCCUCUUCCUCCUCCACGCAGGAUGAAGCGGAGGUGGACGCCUUCUCAGACCUGCCCGGGCGGCUGCUGCUGAACUGCGUCUAUUGCCUGGGGGCCGAGCGGCUGCAGCAGAUGCUCUUCAGCGACUCGCCGUUCAUGCAGAGUUUCUUGGGCCAGCGCAAGUUCACAGACGUGACGCUGACCUCAUGGAGUGGCAAGAGCAAGUGCCACCAGAGCCGUGUCCUCUCCUAUACCAUCCCCCUCAGCAACCCGCUGGGGCCUAAGGCAGCUGCUGUGGUGGAGACACAGACCCUGUUCCGUGCCAGCCCCGAUAGUGGUGCCUGCGUGGUGGACUCGGAAGUGAUCACGCAGGGCAUCCCCUACCAGGACUACUUCUACACUGCCCACCGCUACUGCAUCAGCACGCUGGCUACAGGCACGGCCCGCCUCAGAGUCUCCUCCGAGAUCCGGUACCGGAAGCAGCCCUGGAACCUUGUGAGAGCCCUGAUUGAAAAGAACACAUGGAGCGGCGUGGAGGAGUACUUCCAGCACCUGGGGUUGGCGCUGGCACGGGCGGAGAAGACGCUGCUGGAGGAGAGUGGCCAUGGGAUAGAGCCGCGGGGGCUGCUGGCUGGGCUGCGCCGCAGGAAGCGCACACUGGGCUGGAGGGCCCCCCAUGCUGAGCCCACCCUGGCCACACUGCCCCCCAGCGAGACGGGGCCCCGCACCCUGCGCCCUUCCAGCAGCCUGGCAGCCCGACUCUCCCAGCAGCUCAUGGAGCGGAGCCGGGGCCCCACCGUGUCCACCCUCAUCCUCAUUGUCAGCCUGGUGAUCUGUGUGAGCCUGCUGGUCCUGGUGGUUCUCAAUGUGAUGCUGUUAUACCGGCUGUGGGCGCUGGAGCACACGGCCCGCGCCUUCCAGGCCUGGCAGGCCUCCGCACUGGCCCGAGGGAAGCUGCCUCGGACAGCAGGCGAGUGGGCCGAGGUCCUAGAGCUGCAGCGGCGUUUCCAUGGUGCUGAGGUGCAGAAGUGGAGGCGGAUCCUGGAGGCCUCUGUGGAGCUGCUGGAUGAGAUGAAGGUCUCCCUGGAGAAGCUGCACCAGGGCAUCAUGAUGGCAGAACCGCCCCCGGAGCCAGGCCAGGCUGACACCAUCUCCUGAAGCUGUGCUGGCCGCCAGGGGCCACGGAAGACUGAGCUGGAUCUGAGACUGCAGCUGGGUCAGCGCCGCCUGGACGCCCCCUGCAGGCCGGCUCCCUCAUCCAGGUCAGCGCCGCCUGGCUCCCUCAGCCAGGUCAGCGUCGCCCGGACGCCCCUUGUUGGUCAGCUCCCUCGGCCGGGUCAACGCUGCCCGGAAGCCCCUCGUCGGCCGGGUCAGCGCCGCCCGGACGCCCCUCGUCGGCCGGGUCAGCGCCACCUGGACACCCCCCUUCGGCUGGCUCCCUUGGCCAGGUCAGCGCCACCUGGAUGCCCCCCUUCGGCUGGCUCCCUUGGCCGGGUCAGCGCCACCUGGACGCCCCUCAUCAUCCGGUUCCCUUGGCCAGGUCAGCGCCAGUUCCCUCGGCCAGGUCGGUGCCGCCUGGACGCCCUUUGCCGGCUGGCUCCCUUGGCCGGGUCAGCGCCGCCUGGACGCCUCCCAGGGUCUGCUUCUCCUGCUGGGUCAGCAGCACCUGGCCAUUAGCUGGCGUCAGCACUGGCUUGGGCUGCCCUGCUCUCCUGCCACCCCCCUGGCGGAGCAGGUCUCUGUGGUGACAGCUAGGUGGAGGCCGCACCGUGGGACACAUGGAGGAUCCCCAGGGGGCCGGCUCUGCCCCCCCUGAUCCGCCCUCUGUCUGCAACCCAGGACAAUGGUGGCUGGACUGCGGCUGCCAGCUGGGUACAGCCCCCGUGUCUGCUGGCUGGGGGCCUGUCGUGGCCUGGGGGAACCCAUCCAGCCUGGGCUAGGAAUUGACUUUCUAAGUGGUCUAGCUGCACGGUGUUACUGUGGGGAGUGGCCAGGGCAGUUCCCCCACCCCCCUACCUUGGAGCCAGGACUCCUGGGUCCUCUCUGUGCUAGAGCAGGGGCACCCUUGGGGCAGGCUCCAUGCGGUGCCAGGGGCACUGCCCAUGGCUCUGCCCCCUUCUCCAAACACUCGAUUCCCAGAGGGCUCGGUACCCACCAGGCAUUGGGUCGUUGUCUCCUGGCCUGGGCCUCUUGUCCUUCGCCGCUGCUGGCGGGGGCUGUGUGUGUGUGUGAGCCCCCCAACCAGCCUGCACGCCAUCUGCUCCCUCCUCAUCCUCAGUGUUACGGGGCUUGGGCCCCGCCCCACUAUUUAUUAGCUGAUUAAAGAGCGUGGCUGGGAUAGCGCCACCUA